GAGUUCUAAAUAUAUUAAUGAAAUUUAUAAAAAUUAGUGGCGCAUUGUUUUACUAUGCCUUUGUGUGAAUCUCUAAUUCUUGAGAAUUAUAAAGAGAAUUAAGAGAGUCUUGAAUGUGCAUACUACAUACGUAUGUACUUGUGGACAUUUGAUGAAACAACCUCUUAAAGAGAGCAAAAAUUCAGAUAAAAUGGUCUCCCAAACAUGAAAUAUUUGGAUCAGUGGUCGGCACGAGAGGAAUUGUGACUGUGUAGAGAAUACAGAAUGCGAGUGGCGUUGUGAUAAUGGCGAGUGCUUAGAUAGCGAAUACCUCUGUGACGGUAUGAUUCAUUGUGCCGAUGGCUCUGAUGAGACUAUAGAGAACUGUUACGGUAAGAUAACGACAUGCCCGUUUUUUGCAUUCCGUUGUGCCUAUGGGGCCUGCAUCGCAGGGGAAAAUCGUUGCAAUCAAAAAAAGGACUGCGCGGAUAACUCAGAUGAAUUGUCUUCUAUUUGUCAGAUGACGAGUGCGGAAAUGAAUUUGGCAAUACGCGGCCAAUGUGGUGAUUCGAAAAUGCAGUGCAACGGUGGUAAAUGUAUAGAUAGUGACAGAUUAUGUGACGGCGUACCUGACUGCCCCGAGGGAGAUGACGAGACAUUAGAAAAAUGUGCACCAUUUUCAUGCCAGUCCUUCGCCCAUAGAUGCGCCUACGGUGCUUGCAUUGAGGGUAAAGCCGCCUGUAACGGCACCAAAGAAUGUCAUGAUGGUUCAGACGAAUCGUACGCUUUAUGCGGUGGAGUACGGAAGCAAGCUUCCGGCGCACGACCAACGCCGAAAACUACGAAGAAACCUACAGCACCAACAACACGACCAAUUAAAAAGAAGUGUCAAAUACCCGCUAAUCUUAGCAACGUAAUAAUCACGAAUAACAACUUUAGGACGAAUAUCGACGCCGGUUCCAGUGUGUCAACAAAUACGUUGGUUACAUUUGCAUGUCAACCUGGCUACCAGUUAGACGGAGACGAAACGUUGCUCUGUACAGACGAUGGUUGGAACAAAAAGGUGCCAGUUUGUUACAGUCGCAACUAUUGCGAUGCACGGGUGCUGAAUGAAGAUAAAUCGAUCACAGCGUCUUGUUUAUUUGAAAGUGCGGCAGUAGCUUGUGAAAAAAUCAAACCAAACACCAUUGCUGUAAUCAAGUGUGCGAUAGGAUAUCAGCAAAAAAAUGUCCGUCAAAAAACAAUUUUAAGCUGUACAAACGAGUACAAGUGGAAUUACCCGAUAACACCCUGCGAAAUAAAAUGUGGAGAGCUGCAACAAUAUUCGACACCGUUUGCACGUAACGGCAUACCGAUUGAAAUUAGUGAGGCUCCGUGGCAUGUGGGCAUUUAUAGUAACCUAAAUGAAAGAGAUUUUAAACAUAUUUGUGGCGGAUCCAUAGUGUCUUAUCGCGUCGUAGUGUCAGCCGCCCAUUGUUUCUAUGAUGUAGUCAUUACAAAACCGUAUGAAAAUAGGUUUUUUAAGGUGUCUCCAGCGAAAAAGAAAUUCGAGUUUUACAACACGGAUGGUGUCGAUGUAACAAAUAUAUAUAUACCCGAAAUGUACAAUAGUUCCUAUAAUAAUUAUUACGGUGAUAUGGCGAUUAUCACCUUACAGAAGCCGUUCACAUUCAAUCAUGCAGUCAAACCGAUUUGCUUUCAAUAUCUCACCGAAGGAGCCGCCACGGUGGAAACUGGCAGAGAUAGUUUCAUAGUCGGAUGGGGUCCUACGGGUGUUCCGGAUCCUACUAAGAACAGAACCGACGUCCUUCAGAAAGUGGAAGUAACUACGCUGUCCUAUAACUCAUGCAAUGAUAAGUUAAACGGCAAAGCAACACAACGAUUUGACUUGGCAUAUGAUAAGUUUUGUGUUGUCCGCAAAGGCACCUCAGGCGAGUUAUGUCGAGGCGAUAGCGGUGGAGGUUUCGUCAAAAGUACCAGUGGACAAUAUUAUUUGGUGGGAGUAAUAAGUCAUGCACCAUUGGGCAAUGUCGAUUGCGCGAGAGAUAGUCUUAUAGCGCUAACGAAUGUGCAAUAUUAUGUUAAAAUACGGGAAAGCAUAGAGAAUGAUCAGAUUGAAAAUUAAAACUUACUAUGUUCACACUUAAGCACAUGUACAUGGAGUAUGCAUUUUAUAAUUAUUACAAAAUUCAUCACAAUGUUACGUUUCGAAACUUAAUUAUUGUUAAGAUAUAAUAUUUUUGUACUCCAACGAUAUGUUUAUAUACAUACAUAUGUACAUAGACAUAGUAUUUAUAAACGUAAACGUAACUACUUCAUUUUUUUAGAAUGUUUAGAAUUUUUUUGACAAAAUAAUAAUACCUCAUACAAAUAAU